AUGGAUUGUUUCUUUUCAUCAUCACUGAUUAACCCUAGCUUUUCAAUCCCAGGAUUGUUCUGGAAACAAAAAUGUUUCGAUUGGAAUAAUCCUCCUGAAUAUGAAUAUAUCAGCCUUGAUGGAAAUGUCAAUAGUUAUGUACCUUUGAAGACUAUAAAUUUCGCAAAAGAGGUAUUUCCUGGAGGCAUAGAGAUUGUUCAAUCUUGUAACGGACUUCUCCUUUGUCGGAAUUUUGGAUUCAACGAGUGGAAUUUCACUUAUUAUGUUUUCAAUCCAUUCACAAAGCAACACAAAACUUUACCUCGAUCUCAAUUGAGAAAAUGUGGGUUCCAGUACCUAUUCAAUUUCAGUUUAGCGUUUGAUCCAUCUAGAUCUCCGUAUUAUAAAGUCAUUGCUAUAUGGGGCGACAAACUAUGGGCAGGUGAUAAGUAUCGAAUUGAAGUCUACUCUUCGGAAACCACACUUUGGAGGCUAUGUGAAGAUGAAUAUACUCUAGAUGCGUUCCCUAUACCUUGUGUUUCUGCUACUUUCUGGAAUGGUUCUUUAAACUGGAAUGCUGAUCAUGGGUCUGUGAUUUAUUUUGUUAUUGAUCGAGAAUUAUUAGGUGUAGUUCCAAGGACUCCACAACAAAGAUUACGAAGUUCCAUAGACAUCACGGAUGUUACUGAGUAUCAGGGUCGUUUCUACCUUAUUGAGAGAGGAUAUGGUGGUCGAUUUUUAAACAUAUUGGAAAUGGAUACUGCUUACACGGGGUGGAAAGUCAAAUGCAGUGUUGCUUUAGAGCAAUUGAAGUCGUUUCGGAAGUUUGAGGGGUCACAUCCUUUUGAUUAUAUUUUAUUUAUACGAAACGGAGAAGAAGACGAGUCGUCAAAGUUGGUGGUACUAACACAAGGGAAUAUGGUUCUCUCUUAUGCUCUUAACGAAAUGAGCUUCAAAAGAGUGUAUAAUAUAUCACCACAACGCUUACUUGGGAGAAACUGUAACUUUUAUCAGUACAUUGAAUCGCUUGCUUGUGUUUAG